AUGUACUUCCUCCUUCUGCUCGGCAUCGCUCAAGUCCUGCCUUCCAUCGCUCAGAAAACCGAUAUGAUUCCACCAGUGACCCAGUUCGGAGCCUCUAAGGUGGAGUUUACCUCGGCGGGCGCUGGCUUGGACGGACCGAAGCUCGACAAGGUCAACGCUACUACCUUUGACUGGUGGUACUUUGACAUCGGCUCGGAAAACUUGAACGCUGAGGCAACCCUUCUCAUGGUAACUGGGGAUGCUUUCACGUUAGGUUUCCCUUUCACCCUCGGCACAUCCAACUACGGCAUUCUGACUGUUCUCCAACCAAACGACACCAUCUAUCAGCAGAUUUUCCUGGGCGGGGAUGCCACAGUUGUCGUAUCGGGUGAUGGCUCGUCUGGCAACUGGGAAGGAACCGGAGUUUCCUGGACCGGAACGCCUGACCUCUCCUCGUAUACGGUCAACAUUGAUGUCCCGUUACUCGGCCUCGAAGGAACCAUGACACUGAAAUCUAUUGCACCAGCACACUUCCCGUGCAGUUCCAAUGGUGCGGGACAAACUGAAGAGCUUUUCCCGAAUAUAGGAUGGGCUAACGCCAUUCCUGAUGCUGUCGGGACCGUCGACCUCAAUCUUGGUGGCGAACACGUGUCUUUUACUGGCACAGGUUAUCAUGAUAAGAAUUGGGGCGCAAAACGAUUACCCUCGACUGUUACAAGUUGGUACUGGGGCCACGGGAGAGUCGGUCCUUACUCUUUGGUGUGGUUUGACGCGAUCGCCAUAGACGGUGAUGAGUACAUUAGCGGCUACCUAGCCAAGAAUGGCACCGUUGUUUCUUCGGGUUGCAGCGGCAUCCUCGUCCGGCCCACUAGAGUGAACUCAGAGUAUCCUCCGGCUCCGCUCCAAGGAGACCCAAGUGGCUUCCACAUCGAAUACACCACGAGCGAGGGCAAAUUUGUGGUCGACGUGGAAAAUCAUGCUGUGGCAUGGGAGCCGCCUUUGGUUUCCGGUGGCUACACUCGCUGGACUGGCAAUAUUACAGGAGGGUUCGAAGAUCAACAGCAGUACACGGGAGCAACAGUACAUGAGUGGAUCCCCUUCUACUUCAAUGUCUAA